GGCCGCGCGGGGCCCCAUGUUGUCGCCCGGCCCCGACGACGAGCCCGGCUCGCCCAGCAAGGAGCCCGUCAAGUACGGCGAGCUCGUGGUGCUCGGGUACAAUGGUGCGCUGCCAAGUGGAGACAGAGGACGGAGGAAAAGCAGAUUCGCUCUUUAUAAGCGACCCAAGGCUAAUGGAGUCAAACCCAGCACAGUGCAUGUGAUCAACACGCCUCAGGCAUCCAAGGCCAUCAGCUGCAAAGGCCAGCACAGUAUAUCGUACACGCUGUCCAGGAAUCAGACUGUGGUGGUGGAGUACACGCAUGACAAAGAUACAGAUAUGUUUCAGGUGGGCAGAUCAACCGAAAGCCCUAUUGACUUUGUGGUGACAGACACCAUUUCUGGCAGUCAGAACAAUGAUGAAGCCCAGAUCACUCAAAGCACCAUCUCCAGGUUCGCUUGCAGGAUUGUCUGCGACAGGAAUGAGCCCUAUACAGCGCGGAUAUUCGCAGCUGGAUUUGACUCUUCCAAAAACAUUUUCCUUGGAGAAAAGGCGGCAAAGUGGAAAAACCCCGAUGGCCACAUGGAUGGACUCACCACCAACGGCGUCCUGGUGAUGCAUCCGAGAGGGGGUUUCACAGAGGAGUCGCAGCCGGGCGUCUGGCGAGAGAUCUCUGUCUGUGGCGAUGUGUAUACCUUGCGGGAGACCAGAUCAGCCCAGCAGAGGGGAAAGCUGGUGGAGAGUGAGACCAACGUGCUGCAGGACGGCUCCCUCAUCGACCUGUGCGGGGCCACGCUGCUCUGGCGGACGGCAGACGGCCUCUUCCACGCGCCCACCCAGAAGCACAUCGAGGCGCUCCGGCAGGAGAUCAACGCCGCCAGGCCGCAGUGCCCCGUGGGGCUCAACACGCUGGCCUUCCCCAGCAUCAGCCGCAAGGAGGUGGUGGAGGAGAAGCAGCCCUGGGCCUACCUCAGCUGCGGCCACGUGCACGGCUACCACGACUGGGGCCACCGCAGCGACACGGAAGCCAACGAGCGCGAGUGCCCCAUGUGCCGGACUGUGGGCCCCUACGUGCCCCUCUGGCUGGGCUGCGAGGCGGGCUUCUACGUGGACGCAGGGCCCCCCACCCACGCCUUCACCCCCUGCGGACACGUGUGCUCCGAGAAGUCCGCCAAGUACUGGUCCCAGAUCCCCCUGCCUCACGGCACCCACGCCUUCCACGCCGCCUGCCCCUUCUGUGCCACGCAGCUGGUCGGGGAGCAGAACUGCAUCAGGCUCAUCUUCCAAGGCCCCGUCGACUGAGCCUGUGCGACCGCCGACCACUUUGUUAACAAGUUACUGUGAAGAUUUUUGCCACUAACUCUUAGGAUCUUACCUUUUUAUAUAAUCCUGUUUAGCCAGCUGUGGAGAG